CUACUCAACAAAACAUAAUCGACGUGUCAGCUCAGAGUCAGGCAGCCAGAACCACCACAAACAAAACUACACACAAACAACACAUUCCAACUCAAAAGGCAAACCAACCAUGGCUGACGAUGAAGUCCCUGCUCUCGAACCAUCGCUCCAAAACAUUCUCGAUCAAAAAUCCUUGAAAUGGAUCUUUUGCGGUGGGAAGGGAGGAGUAGGAAAGACGACGACAUCGUGUUCAUUAGCGGUCCAACUAGCCUCCUGUCGAGAAUCAGUCCUGCUGAUAUCCACCGAUCCGGCCCACAAUCUAUCGGAUGCAUUCUGCCAAAAGUUCGGGAAAGAUGCGACAUUAGUCAACGGAUUCGAGAACUUGUAUGCCAUGGAAAUCGAUCCGAAUUCUAGCUUACAAGAGAUGGUUGAACAAUCUGAAUCUCAGGGGGGUGGUGGAAUGGGUGGGAUGAUGCAAGACUUAGCAUUUGCUAUUCCUGGAGUAGACGAAGCAAUGGGGUUUGCCGAAAUCAUGAAACACGUGAAAUCGAUGAAAUAUUCAGUGAUAGUAUUCGACACAGCACCCACGGGCCACACGCUCCGAUUUCUAUCCUUCCCGGCGGUGCUAGAGAAGGCGCUGGGGAAACUGUCCACCCUGGGCGGUCGCUUCGGGCCGAUGAUGCAACAAUUCGGCUCGAUGAUGGGCGUCAAUACUAACACGGAGGACAUGUUCGGAAAACUUGAAGAUAUGCGAGCCGUGAUCACUGAAGUCAAUAAUCAAUUCAAAGACCCUGACCUAACGACAUUCAUCUGCGUCUGCAUCUCCGAGUUCUUGUCGCUUUAUGAGACCGAAAGGUUGAUUCAAGAGUUGACCCAAUACGAGAUCGACACCCACUGCAUCGUCGUCAACCAACUCCUAUUCCCCAAAGCUAACAGCGACUGCGAUCAAUGUAACACUCGAUACAAAAUGCAAAGGAAGUAUUUGAGAGAAAUCAAUGAUCUUUAUAUCGAAGACUUUCACAUUGUCAAGAUGCCCUUACUGACUGAAGAAGUACGAGGCGGUGAAAAAAUCAAAAGUUUUUCAAAGAUGCUGGUCAACCCUUAUAAGCCCCCUUCUUCUCAAAUCUUAUAGUUUCUCUCUCUCUCCCCAAAAAAGCAAGCUCUCAAUACUAGAAAAUACAAAUCAAAAUUCACAAUUCCAAAACUUGUGUCAAUAUACAUAUACUUAAAGAAAAGUCUAUUUUCUUUGUGUUUGCUCCAUUUUUUAUUUUUACCUUUUUUUUUGGUUUUGGUUUUGGAUGAUGAUGAUGAUGAAUAUAUAAUGUUCAUUUGCUUGAAGGAAUCAUUCAUUUUUUCAGCAUCCAACCAUUUGAU